UUCAAUUUGUUAACCCCACUCUCCUUUGUCCAAAAGCACAGCCUCAUCUCCAAUGGAUCCACCACUUCUCCCACCCCUCCCUACCACCACCAACAAUGCCACCACUCUACAAGUCAACUAUCCCGACUCCACCGGCUCCUCACCCCGCUCACGGAAUGCUGAAACAAGCUGGAUCGACGAGCCUCUCCCUCCUGUCCCGGGGGCCAAACUCCGCCUAAUGUGCAGCUAUGGUGGCCACAUCAUUCCUCGCCCCCAUGACAAAUCCCUCUGCUAUGUUGGUGGUGAGACUCGUAUUGUCGUUGUCGACCGUAACUCCUCUCUUUUAGACCUCUGCACACGUCUCUCUUGCACCCUCAUCGAUGGCCGCCCCUUCACCCUCAAGUACCAGCUUCCCAAUGAAGACCUUGAUUCCCUCAUAUCUGUCACCACUGAUGAAGAUCUCGACAACAUGAUCGAAGAGUAUGAUCGUACAAACUCAGUCUCUUCCUUGAAACCUACUUCGCGUCUACGUUUGUUCCUCUUCUUCUCCAAGCCUGAGACUGUCGCCUCCAUGGGCUCGCUCCUCGAUGAUGCCAAGUCUGAGACGUGGUUCGUUGAUGCGCUUAACAAUGCUGGGUUGCUUCCUAGGGGGUUGUCUGAUUCAGCUACCAGGGGAAUGGAAUGCAUGUUAAGUCUCGAUAGGGUUCGAGGUAGCGAUUCUUGCCCUGAUUUGGAAGCUCGGGCAGCUGACAGUUUGGGUGAUAACAAGCAAGUGAAGAAUAUCGUUCAUGAUGUGCAUUCCAUGCCUGACUCAAAUAUGGCAGAGAAUACUUCUUCGUAUGGUUCAUCUUCUUCGUCACCUUCAAUGUCAAACUUGCCACCUAUUCGUGUUCGAGUCGAGGACAAUGGGGCUAGAGUGCUGCAGGAGCAGAAGGUUGGGAUGGAGGAACAAUUUGCACAGAUGAGUUUUGCAACAAGUGGGAUGAAGCAAGACGAUGCUUCUGGUCUUUCUUCUCAUGUUGUUCCUCCACCUGCUACAGAUAUGGCUUCAACUAAUCCUAUGGUUGUUUCUAAUGAGAUAGUGAAUCAAGUUUUCUCUGACGACGAACGAUCGGAUCAGAGGGUACCAGCCGUCGGGUUUCGAAAGCCUCCAUUGCCGCUGCAACCUAUGCAUAUGAAGGCAGGUGGAGGCUAUAGUUUGCCUUCCCCGGAUUCGAUAGCUAGCGAUGGUAGCAUUGCAUCCGCAAGCUCCACAUCGAAACAUAUGUACUAUCAAGACCAAGGUCAUGUUGCUACAAGAGACAGCAGAGCUCCUAAUAGCCCAAGUACAAAUAGUGACAUUCCUGAUUCAUGUUCUCGAGCCCAACUGCAGCAAGUUCAGGAUCCUGGCUACACGUUGCCUCCCCAAUUGGAUCAGCAGCAGCAGCAACAACAACAACAACAACAGAUUUUUCAUGCCAGCACACAUUACAUUCCACACCCUGCCACAGGUCAGCAAGUUCCAAUGUCAGCUUACUACCCAGUGUAUGCUCCAUCUCAGCAGCAACUUCUUCAUGCAAAUGAGCAGCAACAUGCUGUGUAUGUUAUGCCAACUGCUGCUCAGGCCCAACAGUACAAUACGUCUAUGCAUUCUGCCAUAGCUGACUCUACAAUGGUUACUGCAUAUGCAGCUUAUAAGGAUGCAAUCCCACCCAUUUAUCCCACGAAGACGGCUACCUCUGCAACGCCUGAUCAAAUGGUUGGGAGUGUUUAUAGAACAACCUUGACUUCAACUCCACAAUUGGUUCAAGUCCCAUCUAACCAGUUUCAGCAACAAUACGUGGGGUAUUCCCAGAUGCAACAUCCAUCUCAGUCCAUAGCUAUUGCUUCAUCAAAUAAUGCUAAUUAUGGUUUUGAAUACACCAAUUCGCCUAAUGACCAAGUGUACUACACUCAUCAAGCUGCUCCAUUGCCUACUCAAUACCAAACUAUGACUGCAGCAGCAGCUAUAACAUUAUCAGAUGCUUCAAAACAACUGCCUACAGACCCUCUGUAACAAAGUAGAACCUCAUGACAACCCCUUGAAUUCGACUAGGCAAAUGAUAGAAAACCAUAGCAAUCUUGCAGGUAGAGCUCAGGAAAACUUGGAGAGAGACUCUACUUACAAUACUGCUGCAUAAAAGAAAGAAAGAAAGGUGAUCCUAAGUGAUGGAGUUUAAAGUUUUAAUUUCGAAGGCGAUGGAUUUUGAGUUGGAAUUUGUUUUGUUUCUU